CAAAUACUAACCGAAUAAACUGCCGUUAAAAAAGUUACGAACAUCUUGGCAAUAAUUUGUUUCGCAUAUCGACCCUCUCGGUUGUAACCAUCCAUCCAUUCAUCCCUCCAUCCAUCGAUCCACGAAAAUGCCUCCGCUCAAGCUCCCGGACAAUGCAAAGCCGUAUUUGGGGUUCCUCAAGGAUGAAACGCGAGAAAAGUACACAAACGGUUUCUUCCAUGUUUAUUUGGGGGAGUUGAUUCGGAAGGACGGCAUCCCGCACCCGCUCCUGUCACCUUCGCCUCAGCAUCACUAUGGACCGGAAUUACAGACCAGAGACUUGUGCAUCGUGCUGUCAGCCCAUGGGACGGAACAGAGAGCAGAGAUGAUCCCCGUUUGGAUCCAUGAGUCCAAAGCGGGCAAAGAGUUGGUUAAGAGAACAUCCAGUCCGACAGGCAAUGUAGCGCAGGACAUGCUAAAGUGGCAGUCACGCCGCACUAGGAUCGGAAACCAACUGCUUGAUCGAUUUCGGACUUUGGGCAUGUUUGACCAAAUGAAGAAAUACCAGUGGACGGAACUGUGGGCGUCAUCCGCCGCCGGCGACCGGUGCACGAUUUGGCGCGUCAACGUUCGGAAACGUGCAGUCUAUCGUCUGGUCUCAUGGGUUGCCGGUAAACCGAAACAGCAGCUGCUGAAAAAACUGGACGAUCCUAAUCCAAUCCAGUUUCCUGCAGCGUUGUGGAAUAUUAACAUUAUAACUGGGCAUCAGACGUUGGCGAAUUUUUUGGGAUACGGCCAGGGCAAAAUUAUGGCUGGUGUGGAGGAACUUAAGGAGCUGGAUGAUGCAGAGAUGGAAGGGUUGAACGUUCGUCUGCCAAACCCCGUCCCAGUAGCUGAAGAAGAUGAGGAUAUGGAUGCGGAUGAACCCGAUGAUGAUGAUUCGGAAAAGGACCCUACUGUCACCACACCAUCAUCCUCAUCAUCGGAAGACCCCGUAAUUUUCGUUCCGCGAGCUCUUGGCGGCCGGAACCAGUCACUGCGGUCCUGUGUUUGAAUUUUUUCCGAUUUAUUAUGUCUGUUUGAUCUUUCGGGAAAAGCCAGACAACACCUUAUGCGGUUCUGUUAUUUACUUUGUUAUGUCUUUUGUUUUGCCUUUGAACACCGCUUUGUUUAAUUGCUCGUUUCAAUUGAAGUAAAAGUUGACGAUAAAAACACGUCAGCGACAUC